ACGUCGUAUCUUUUAUAUUUCAUAUUGUCAUUAAAUGUUAAGACCCCAACGUUUCAAUGAAUUUAUUUUGCUUUAUAACUUAUUUAUAGAAGAAUCAUAAAAAAGUUGAAUUUCUUUUAUACAAUUAUUUUGUGCCACAUCACUUUGACUACGUAAUGAGUUUUGUACUUCUUUAGGAAAAAAAUUAAAUACAUUUCUAGAAUAAUGAGGAAUGUUAUGUUAUAUAUAUUGUUUAAGAAGAAGAUUUACUUUAAAGUGCAAACAAAAAUAUAUACUGUCAGUCCAAUUCAAUUUUUUUCUCCUUAUUUAACUCUUUCAAUGCUUCCCCCGAUGACUGACCCCGCUGCUGCCGACACCAUGCCGGUCGUUACUGUUAUCGGAGGUGAUGAUGGUAUACCGCCAGAUCCAUUGUUACAAUCGGAAACCUACAUCAACGGUGAGACGAAUGCUCGGGUUGAAACCGCCAAACCAAACAAAGCUGACGUCGUUGUAGAAAAAGGAAAGGUGGUCGACCUAGCUACUUCGGCGUCGGUGGAAUCGGAGAGUAAGAUGGAGGUUCAGAUGACGGAAUUGGUGGCUGGGACGGUUACGCCUAUGCAUAAGGUGAAUAGAUCGAUUGAGGUGAAUGUUGCAAGGCCGAGCUGGUUGCCGGAGGAUUGGAAAUUUGUAACGGAAGUUCAUAUCGAUGGCGCUUUUGCUGGAACUAUAGAUAGAUAUUAUUAUGAUCCAUUCUGUGGGACUAAAUUCCAGUCAAAGACUGAGGUGCUUGAUUUCCUGGGAACAGGUGGCAAGUGCAAGGACGACACUGGUGGUGAUGCUACACCAUCUGUGACCCGCAGUAGCAAGAAACAGAAGAAGAGCAGCUCGGAAAAAGGAAAAGAGAAAAUUACCUAUUCUUGCCUUGAUGCUGCGAAUCCGGCAGAGUGUGUGUGCUGGGUUCAGACAGAUAGUUGUGCAGAUACUUGGACACCUUUUAUUGAUGGCGACAUGGUUCCUGAAGGCGAAAGAGAAGAAUGGGAUGCUGUCUUCUCGGCUGUGUCGCAAAGGAAUGCAAAUGAGGAGGCAGGCGUCUCUAAUGUGCAGUAACCAGUUAAAGAACCUGUCUCAGUAUCUGGCUAGACUAGAUAGUGUGUCAAAUCUCAUCUGAAUUGGGCUCACUUUCUUUUGGAUUUAGCAUAGGGACCUCAUAGUUGUUGAUAGCUUCUUGCUUUGGCAUAGGAAUAGGCAAAUGUUGCUCCUCCUAACUUCUGUUCAUGGUGUAUUAGUAUGGUCUGUUGUUGGUGCCAUCGAACCAGUAAAUUUGAAGCAUCUUACUAGGAUGGACAUAUGUGAAAAAUUGUCUCAAGUAUGAAAAUACUGUAGUUAUUGAGUAUGAGCUGGUCUUAUCUUAUGCAUGUGAAUGACAGAUUGUUUUAUCA